ACGGUUACAUUUCUGCUGCAACGCUUGCGUCGCAGUACCACGCGCGCCCUGCCAAUGUGCUGGCGACAACUCGUGUAUGUGUCAUAAUAAUCAUAAUCAUACAGUAGUUCUAGUCCGGAGGCGGCUUUGGGCUUUUUAUGAAGCAGAUCCUCCGCACAAGCCAUGACUUGGCACAGAACAGGUCGGCCGACCCCAAGACGAGCUUCUUUAUUCGGAUGAACUCACCUGGACCGAGUCGUGACCCCUGACGUUGGCCAUGGCUGUGUUCGGUGCAAGAGCGAUCAUUCUGAAUCUGAGGCGUUCUGCUGGGAAAGCGGGGGUCUUCACCAAAACCGCCUUCCGUCCCCACUCCAGGGCGCGUCUCCAUGGAGAGGGACCGCUUUUCACUCGGGUGCCGAAAGUGACGCUGCUGUUCUGGAGCGCGGUCGGCGUCGACAGCUGCGCGGCCACACGCCAGGAAACCGGCCUGUCGCCCCUGAUCUCGGACAGGAAGUCCGUCGCCAAAGUCCGGGUGCACAGACUCGUCUUUCUCCUGCGCCUGAGCCUUCGCGCUUUGGUGCUGCUCCUCAAAUUUGGCCCGCUCCUCCUCCUCUCCCCCCUGACGGUGGUCUCCUCGCGCUUUGCCUCGCGCUGGCUGGAUGCUCUGCUGUGGGUCACCGAGACCUCUGGCCCGACUUUCAUCAAGCUGGGCCAGUGGGCCAGCACCAGGAGAGACGUCUUCUCCCAGGACUUCUGCGAUCGCUUUUCCAGGCUCCACGUCAGGGUACGCUCCCACUCCUGGACCCACACCAAACAGUGUCUCAGCCGGGCUUUCGGCGACAGCUGGAGGUCGUGGUUUGUGUUUGAAGGCAAAGAGCCAGUGGGUUCCGGAUGCGUUGCCCAGGUGUACCGAGGCUGGGUCAGGGUGGACAGUGUGGACGACUUGGCUUUCCAGACACUGGUGGAAGAGAUGGAAAGAGAGGACCCGAUGGAGGCCUGGGAGAUCCCUGGUCUGGGAGGCAUAGCCAGCUCCCUGUGGGGGAUCUGGAAGAGUAAAGGUGAGGAGGAAACGCAUGAGAGGAGUCACUCGGAGCGCCAGCAUGAGAACCACGCAGAGAAGGAGCAUUUGAUACCCGUGGCUAUCAAGGUGCUCCACCCGGGCAUCAGGAGACAGGUGGAAAUAGACCUGCUGCUGAUGAGAGCUGGCAGCUGGUUCCUGCACUGCCUGCCGGGCCUGAAAUGGCUCAGUCUGCCGGAGAUAGUGGAGGAGUUUGAGAAGCUCAUGACCAAACAGAUCGAUCUUCGCUUCGAGGCCAGGAACAUCGAACGUUUUCGGGAGAAUUUCAAGGAUGUGGAUUUCGUCAAAUUCCCAACUCCACUAAGACCAUUCAUCACCAGGACCAUCCUAGUGGAGACCUUUGAGGAGAGCGAGCCCAUAUCCCACUACCUGAGCUCCGAGGUGCCGGAGGAGGUGAAACGGAGAAUAGCCCGGAUGGGGGUGGAAACCCUGCUGAAGAUGGUGUUCGUGGAUAACUUCGUCCAUGGGGACCUCCACCCGGGGAACAUCCUGGUCCAGUGUCGGGGGGUCAGGGACAGUUCCGGUGGGAGCAGUGGUACCUUCGGGGGACCCCAGGGCAAGGCCACGCUCACCGACCUGUGGGACACGGUGGUAGUCAGUAUCCGGCCGGACCCGGCUCCUCUCCAGCUGGUGCUGCUGGACGCAGGCAUUGUAGCCCAGCUCAGCGACCGCGACCUCGCCAACUUCAAGGCCGUCUUUACCGCCGUGGUGCAGCGGCAGGGUGAGCGGGUGGCCGAGCUGAUCCUGCACCACGCCAGAGCUAACGAGUGCCGAGACGUCCCGCGCUUUAAGAGGGAGAUGGCACAGCUGGUGGACCAAGCCCUCAGCAACACCCUCUCCCUUGGAAAGAUCCAGGUGGCCGACUUGCUCUCUCGAGUCUUCGGCCUGCUCAUCACACACAAGGUAAAACUGGAGAGUAACUUUGCCUCCAUCGUGUUCGCCAUCAUGGUGCUGGAGGGCCUGGGCAGGUCCCUGGACCCCGACUUGGACAUCCUGGAGCUGGCCAAGCCCCUGCUGCUCAAGAACUGUGCCUCAGUACUCUGACAAACACACACACACUCCCCGAAAAACACUCACCGAGGUAUGAAAACAUACCCGUCCUGACUUCUGUUUCACCAUUUGCCAUGUUGACCCUGGGCAAACCCUGACGCUAGCUUAAAUUAUUUUUUAGAGUUUUGAUGUUUUCGAGUUUUAUUGGAAAAUACCUGGAAAUUUUAAUAGCUUAGACAGACCUUUAUUCUUUUAAAUUAACGAGAAAGUGGAUUGGACCGGGAUCUUGAAUUGGGCUCUGGACUGUCCAACCCAACAGGCCAGUGCACAGGGCCAAAUUCAGGAUCCAAACCCAACUUUUUAAUAAAUCAUGAACAU